UGUCAACAUCGUCCACCCUCGGUCCCUUGUCAACAUCGUGCAACCACGUACGCAGACACAACGCAAACCUUUCACAUCUAGGCUCGGUUCUAUUUCGUGCAACAAAAUAGAUCUUCUCGGUGCUCAUCGUGCAACUGGUAAAAUGAAAAUCACUUUACUUUGUUUUCAAGACGUGUGAUUUUUUUGCAGCCCCGUUCUGGUCGUGCCACAGAUUUUUCCGAUCGAUUUUCUUGUUUCGUCCACGACUUGUUUCAUAGAUAGAAUCAUAGAUUUUCCAAAUUUCGGCACGCAUCAUGCCUACCCUCAUCUGAUCAGCAAGAUGUAGAUGGUCGUUGAAGAGCCUCUUUGUCUUUCCCCCCCCCGCCCCAACUCCUGGUUAUUUUUCUCUACCCCACUAGCACUACUUCAACUUCUACUUGUGCUUUCAUUAUGUACUUGUACUUCAUCUGAAGCAUGUAAUGUAAAAGAUCUUGUGCUGGGCCGCAAAUAAUUAUAUUCAAUUUCUCAUGGACCAGAUCGCCGUGCACCGGGCGUCGCUUGUCGAGGAUGAACUGCACGGUGAGCCUCAAUAUCCUGUGCAAAAGUUCCGUACUCGUAGUAAAAAUCGCUGUCAUGCAUUACAACAAAUCUCCUGCUUAGCCGAUAUUUGCAUUACAAAUUUCAUUUUUCAUGGUGAGGGAAUUUGUCAUGCGAUUUUGACUAGGACGAUGCUUUUGCGUUUCAUACUCAACAGGAGCCGGGCGCACAGCUGGAGGGCGAUGGUGGUCGGGCUUUUAUUUCUCCCAUUAAAAACCGACCCGCCUUUGACGAUUCGAGGCGGGACGAGAAGGACAGCAAGAACCCAUUUUACCGAGCCAUGGACCGCAUGAUGACCGAAGAGCUUGAUCUAUCCUAUUGGAAAACGUCCCCAGCCCAUAGUUGUAAUAAGUUGUACUCGGAACAGCUACAUCUUCACACGAAAAAAAGGCGCUUUGCGCUUGCGUUCAUUGCGCAUUUCCUUGUUGCGGUUUUGGUCUUCUCGAAAAAAAUUCUUUUCUUCCUCGCCUUGAGCGCUAGCCUAAACCCAAUAUUUCUACUGAGCCCAUCAAUGUGCGGCGAAUGUGAAGCCUGUGGUGAGGUGAAGAGCUCGAGGCAGUGUCCACUUCGUUUCGCUUUCGUGCUAUGUUUUCACUUUUUCUUUGUUGCUCUAAUUCUUUCGCUUCCUUCAAAUUUUCAGACCUUUGGCAUUUUUCUUUUGUGCUUGUUUUCCUUCGUUCCUAUUUGUGUUCUCUUGCUUUCUCUUCCUUGUGCAUUUUGUGAUCACGGAUCUGGGGCCAUUUACGCUGUUGUGUCGGCUUUUGCCGAUGUAAUGAAAAAAGACCCCAGUCCGCGAUCGUCAAGCAACUCAAAUAGUACUAUCUACACUAUUUUACUUCUCACUAUCGUUGCCUCCUCGGUUCUACAGCCUCUCUUCCGGUGCUGCGUCUGUAUUUCAGACUGCAGAACCCCCAUUGCCUUCGUGCUCGACUUUCCUGUCUUCUUCGUGGUGCUGAGUCUCGUGUGUAGGGCAAUAGGCGUCUUCCUCGCCUCGGUUGCUGUUGCCUUGUCUUCGCUCCCCCGGUGGCAUGUAGUGGGGACCACGUGCGCGCGGUCAAUGCACCCCUAGGGGCGCCCUAGGCCGGUGCAUGCUCCUGGCCCGUCGUUUCGCUUGGUCUUUUCUUUCGUUGCGGCUCAAAUUUUUCUGGCGCUGCGGGCUUCCGGGCUUCUCUGUCUGUGCUAUUUUUCGCCCAACGGCCCAGCUGCGCCAUUUCGUUUCGUAGUCUUUCGUGCUGCUUUGCUUUUGGCGAAAUCUAGGCGGACGACGCACCUGCUCCAUCGAGUUGGUUCUCCUUCUUCAACUCCCGGGGCAGUUGUCUGUUAAGUAUACUCGCAGUCUAUAGGAGCUAGCGCUACAACUAAUAGAAAAGGAGAAAUACUAAAUUGUAAUAAGUUGUACUCGGAACAGCUACAUCUUCACACGAAAAAAAGGCGCUUUGCGCUUGCGUUCAUUGCGCAUUUCCUUGUUGCGGUUUUGGUCUUCUCGAAAAAAAUUCUUUUCUUCCUCGCCUUGAGCGCUAGCCUAAACCCAAUAUUUCUACUGAGCCCAUCAAUGUGCGGCGAAUGUGAAGCCUGUGGUGAGGUGAAGAGCUCGAGGCAGUGUCCACUUCGUUUCGCUUUCGUGCUAUGUUUUCACUUUUUCUUUGUUGCUCUAAUUCUUUCGCUUCCUUCAAAUUUUCAGACCUUUGGCAUUUUUCUUUUGUGCUUGUUUUCCUUCGUUCCUAUUUGUGUUCUCUUGCUUUCUCUUCCUUGUGCAUUUUGUGAUCACGGAUCUGGGGCCAUUUACGCUGUUGUGUCGGCUUUUGUCCGAUGUAAUGCAAAUCUGCAUGCUGAAAAUGUUUCUCAUGCGGAGCCCCAUGAGAAGCAUUUUCUAAUCGUGUUUUGCAAUUUGUCAUGCUCCAAUCAGCAUGGUAUGCUAGAUCUGUGAUGCUGCUGAGCUAGCUCAAACAGCAUUACACUACGAAUGCAAAUUUGUCAUGCAAAACAGCCAAAACUUGUGGAUUUGUCUUGCCGAUUCCCCAUCUUGACUAUGGUGUGGGGACGUUUUUACUCAGGAUAUGAUCCGAAGAUCGAAGCUGAACGGGAGAGAGUAAGACACAAAUACGACGACCGUCGUGGGCCGCAGGCUGUCGACAAAAAGCCCGGCGGCACAAGAACUGACGUAUUGUCGUCGCACGUCGAUUUUUCAUCGGAAAAUGGGGAAGAGGAAGACUCUAUCAAAUGUAAAAAUGUCUGGGUCUGGAAGAUUCUGACACUUGUCAUGCACGUUAUGCAUGAGCCCUGAUGUCUGUGAUGGAUGCCCUAGCAUCACAGAUUGUUUGAGAGUUUCUUGAUGCCUAUUCCGCGUGACAAAUGCCCUCUCCGCGUAGCAAAAAUUGCAUUCCUUUUGGUACUCAUGCAAUGCAGAUUUUUCUGGAAUCCAAAUGCAGCAUCACAAGUUGCAUUCUUCCAGACCCAGACAUUUUUACAUUUGAUAGACUCUCUGCCAGAUCGCAGCAUGCGCUCCAUGGUAGAGUUUCACGAUCAUGAGGAGCAACCUCCGCGCACAGAAGAUCAGGAAGGCCGCAAGAUGAACAGCAACCCCACGGCGCCAACGACGUCCGAGGAAACAAGUAGAGCUGCCAUAUGCAAUGCAAAAGCAUUGUACUCGUAUAAAUGCAUUACAAAUUUCCCCAGCGUGAUAAAUAAAAUUUGUAAUGCAGAUUUGCCUUAAGACAAAGAUUUGUAAAAUGCAAGACUUGCAUUUAUACGAAUACGAUACUUUUGCGCAGGAUUUUCCAAGCUGAAAGACGAAUUUCACGCACGACACUCGGCCUCUAUGCACGACGUCGACUUUGUUGAGUUCGAAACUGAACAAGACCGCCGGGUGGCGCAGGACUUCUCCUCGAAAAACCUCCAUGCAGACAAGCGAAACGUGUACCAAACGACUUCCACUUCUGUUGUAGCCACGGAUAAUGCUGUUGAUCGCAAUUAUGAACCCGCGGGAACUUCUGCAGAAGCAGCAGAAAAAACACCACCACCACCAAAUUCGACGAAGAUGCAACAAAUGUCCUCAACAUCUUCGUCUUCUUCGACAACUAGGGACGGACACAAGAAGCUGCGGCAGAUGCUGGAGGAGCAGAACGCGCCGAUGACCACCUCGUCCAAGCGGACGGCUUAUGAAAUGCAAAUAUGUCUGGGUCUGGAAGGUUGGAACUUGUGAUGCUAACUUUGGACUCUAAAAAAAUCUGUAUUGCAUGACCAGCAAGAGGAGUCCAGUUUGUCCUACGCAGGGAGGGCAUUUGUCAUGCGGGAUAGGCAUCAGGAAGGCCUCUAAAAAUAUGUGAUGCUAGAUCAUGCAUUACAGACACCCUGAGUCAUAGAAAACAUGCAUGACAAGCCUGGCAAUCUUCCAGACCCAGACAUCUUUGCAUUUGACACGGCUUUUAUCACCGACGUGCCUGCAGCCGCGGCCGGGGGGCAACUGGAGCAGGAACCAGACGAGGCGGAGGCACUGCUGCACGAGUACCACUUGAUAUCACGGGAAGAAGAAGCAGAGCUGAGGAUGAAUGAGGAUAGUAAAAACAAGGGUACGAACAACUACCCAACUUCGGAAAACAACACCAGUCGCCCAGACGGGGCCCCCACUCUGGCGAAUGAUGUGACUAGCACAAACAUCCUGGGUGGAGGCAGAAAAGGUCCUGGAGGUGGACUACGAAGCUUUUCGUUAACAGGACCGGCGACAAGACAAGCGGCCAGUACCUCUCGGGGCCUUUCAGAUAAAAAUUCGAAAGACGCGGACAAAUAUCAGGAAUUUAACGCGGGAUGCCUGGUGGUUCCGGGAAUUCGCAAAAUCAAGGGACUUGGACGAGAUUUCUUCACCGCAACGGUGGAUCCGGAGAAUUUUCUCUUAGAAGAUGUAGCUCCUGCUCGUGGAGGUUCACCCCCGCUGUCACUUUUAAAAAACAAUUUGUCCCUUGAUUUCCUGCCCCGCCUUCUCGGUCCUCGGAUGUUGCUCGAAAAACCGGGAACAAGCACGCAAAGUCCUCCAGGAGCGGCAGAUCGCCGUGGAAGAAGCUUCGAGCGCACCAGUAGUCCGCUAAAGAUAACUCCGACAAGUAGAAUCAUCGCAAAUAGCCCUUCCACAUCUACUUCUACUCAGCGCGGGCGCGCACGCGAGCUGCGGGAGGAGCUGCACGCCGCGGACAGCGGCAUGCCAAUAUCGGAAAACGCUAUGCGCAGUAGCAUGCCCGUGAUGGAAAUUUUUCUGAACCGCUUUCAGAAAAACAGCGCUGGGAGAAAUUUGCACUACAACCCCUCGGACCGCAUCGAAAUCAGUCCCGGGCGCGGCGACGGACGUGGGGGUGAUAGGAUGAACAACAACUCGGAGCUGCUCAGAGAUUUAGGAUCUACUACUAGAAGUACUUCACGACCCGAGCAAAGCCGGGGAGUCUACAGAAAUUACGGAGCAGCUGCAGGAAAUUACGCAGCAGGUUCGGCGGAAGCACCAGAACAAGUAGAGACUACGGGGGCUUCGAGGAAUAAGAAUGAAUCUGCAGGAGGAACUGCGCUUUCUCCUCCUUCUACACGAGGAGAUUUUGGCCACCCCCAUGCAGACAGCGUGUUCUCGUUAGCGAAUUCGCGCCGCCGCAGCCGGUCGUCUCCGCUCGGAGGAGCCAACUUCACUCCGAACCUAGCGGAGAAGGUAAACGAGGCUGCAAAGACGGUUUCAAAGUCCUCAGCGGCCACGGGUGGGAUGUUGAACAAUGCUUUUUACAUCAAUGAGCAGGGAGGUCGCUACAAUUAUGACUCUGCAACUACUAGUGGCGGCAUACGAAGUAGGAGUCCCCCAGCCGGUGCCGGUCCUGUUUCCGCUGCGCAGACCAUGGCGGACGCGGCGGAGUCUGUAUUUCGCCUAAUGUCCUCCUCCACGACCCCGGUCAUCACUUCCAGGGAGCCGAGCCCGACGGGCGCAGCUGCCUUCCAGGCAGGAAAUGCAAUGAACGAUGGUGGUGUGCUGGUCAAUUAUGCGGGAGCGGGCUCUGUAUCAAAUGUAAAAGUGUCUGGGUCUGGAAACUUGUGAUGCUGGGUGCUGGCGUCUCAUGAUGAGGCCACAAGUGCUGGCUCAGCAUGACUAGUUUCUGAGCUUCUAGGUGUUGCCUAUUCUGCAUGACAGACUGCGUUUCUGCAUCACGGAAAAAUGGAGCUCUUGGGUAACGUGCGUGACAGAAUAGAGAGUCACGCCAUGCAAGCAUGACAAACAUGCAUUCUUCCAGACCCAGACACUUUUGCACUUGAUGCUCUGCUUCGCCUUCCUCCAAGACGUCCAUGAUAAACAUUACCAUCAGGAAAAAACCACCAGGUAUUGAGAGGAAAAAUCCCCCCUCCCCAUAUCGAAACGAAGUUUCUGAUGCUGGAUUUGCGUACACAAAUCAGAUCUGUCCUGCAGAAAGUGCUUGGCGGCAUUUUCUCAGCCUGUUUGGGUAUGCAGAAGGCUAGUAAUUGCGCAUGACAAACAGGUUUGCAGUAGUCGAAAGCGGAUGAAAGACUUGCUCUGGAAUGCGUCAAAUGGCUCCUAUGAUCCUAUAUGCAAGACAAAGAUGAUUUGUGGGCACAAAUCAACAUCACAAAUUUCCGUUUUGAUAUGGGGAGGGGGGAUUUUUCAUUUUGAUACCAGGUGCUGGUUCCUCUGCUGCUGCCGGCUCAUACGAAGAUGUAGUUCUUGACCACGACCAGAGUCAAAUAAAUACAGAUCCGGCGCAAGAAUUGUUCCCAUUUCAUCAACACCAAUAUCAACCUCGACCGGAAGGCGAAGAGCUCGGGCUGCUGCCCGCCGGAAGUACUAGUAGUGCUGCAGUAGCAUUUCGGGCUGGCCAGAAAGUAUUGUCUACCCGUGGCACGAACCCCUCCCGCGGGUCCGUGGAGGAGUUUUAUUUGGACAACGUUCUACAACAGCUUCCUGCGAAUAAUUCCGGUCUUCAAGAACUACACUCCCCGUCAAUGGCGAUACACCCGGCAGAAGCAGGUCGAUAUGCAUUGCAAAUAGGUUAUCUUCGGGGUCUACUCCUGGAAGCAGGAUUGGGCUUGUCAUGCGAAGUCAUCUCGAGACGGACGCGGACCACAAAAAAUCUGUGUUGCAUGAACAAAACGCCAAAAGCUUGUUCGCACUUUUUGGUAAGCAAAAGGUGGAUCGCUCCUCGUGGAUUCAUUCUUUUUCAUGCGGGAUUGAUAGGGUAUCGAAGUGAACGUCUCGCAAAUAAAUCUGUGGUGCAGCUUCAUCUGUGCGCAUUGUUCCCCAAACGAUGUGCAGCUGCAUGGUCCACCGCCGCGACGAGGUGCAUUUUCGUACAAACCUCCAUUUCGCAACGUCCAAUCUGCUUCCAGACGUACUAGCCCAGGGACGAUAUUUGCAUUCGAUAGACAUAGACCACGAGUUUCUGCUGCAUCGAACGAGACGAGGACGACAACGACGAGUGACAAAAUGGCAGUUCCUAAUAUCAAACGACAAGAUGAAGAACAAGACCACUUUUAUUCACCAAAACUUCUCUCCCCGCUUUCAACGGAGCUGCAGCAGUAUCUCCAGGACGACGGCACGUUCCCGGUGAAUUUUCUCUUCGACAAGAUGUUCGCGAAUGAUAUGCAUUGCAAAAGCAUCGCACUCGUAUUGUAAUCAUGCAUUACAAAUCUUUUUCUUAAGAUAAAUUAGCAUUACAAAUUCUAUUUCUCAUGCUGAGGAAAUCUGUAAUGCAUUUAUACGAGUGCGAUCCUUUAUCACUGCAUAAACGACCCAGAGGUUCAGUUUCGGGAGUCCUUGACAAACCAUAAACUGCAGGACCAGGAGUACGCAGAGGAGUUUAAUAGAAAUGGUCUUCGUGGAGCUGCUGGAGGUGGUGCAAAACAUAUGAACAAACCGCAGAUCCCGACCUUGGUGCAGGAAUAUCUCGGGAUAAUAGGACCAGGAAAUAAAUCCUCUUCACCUCAGAAGCUGCAACCAACGCUAAUGCAAGCGAUCGCGGAGCGAAUCGCGCGGCUAUCAAAUGUAAAUAUGUCUGGGUCUGGAAGAUUGGAGGACUUGUCAUGCACAUUUUGCAUGAUCCAUAAUGUGUGUGAUGUAUGCGCCAGCGUCACAGAUUUUGUGAGGCCUUCCUGAUGCCUAUACCGCAUGGCAAAUGCCCUCUCCGCGUGAACAAAAACUGGACUCCUCUUGCGGUUUACGCAAUACAGAUUCUUCUAGAAUCCAAAGACAGCAUGACAAGUCUCAUCCUUCCAGACCCAGACAUUUUGGCAGUGCAUACCGGCUCGGGGAGGACCACGGGAGGAGAAAUCUGAGCGAGUUGCCAUUGGUCGAAAUUCCGGAGUUAAACGGAUUUUACCAGGGCGAGCACGUGGUAAUCCAAGGGCGAGAUGGCCGCGGGAAAACGAAGGUCAUACCGCACGGCGUCGGCUUGUUCACACCAGCAACAGCUGCACGAUCGUCCACGAGGGGCAGUGGCGUUACUAACGGAACUAGCACUACAGCAAUGGGAAAUUAUUCUUCUAGAAGCGCGAUACUAAAUAAAGAUAAACCUCCUGCUGCUCCGAUCUACUACGGCUUGUGGCGCAACGGGCGGAAAGAGGGCCCAGGGUUCGAGCUGUGGGACAAAACUGCGGCUACUAUGUCGACGCGACAGAAUCUGGCAUCGGCGGGAAGUCAACGGGCGAAAAACAUGGUUUUGAAGGAACAAGAAGGUGCGACAGCGAGUACUAGUAUGUCUUCCGCUAUGGGAGUGUCAGGAUCGAAAUCGUCAAAGUUGAAAUGAUUUGUCAUGCAUAAAAUGCGAAGAUACCAAAACUGACUCUAUUGCAGAGGACGCACGGGAGGCAGAGUAUAGUCCUGGCAAGGGUCAAAAGUUGGACUCCUGACUAGCAUAACAGAAGCCAGCUCUUUUGCCCUAAGCCGCAUGACAGACUCGCUUCCAGGACCGGGAUAAUUUGUCAUGCACCGACUACAAACUGUAGGUAACUGGUAUCAGUUUUAUGCAUGACAAAUCAUUUCAACUUUGGCGAUUUCAAACCUGACGCUUCCAUAUCCGCACACCUAGUUUUCGAUCUCUACGUGGGGCAGCACGCGAAUAACAAACGGAACGGGUUCGGAAUCUGCCAGUGGGAAAGCGGUGGCGGUGGCGGUGGAGGUACAAGUAGUGGCGACAUGAAUGCGAACAAUUCUAGUUACGUCGGUGAGUUUCUUCACGACAAAAUGCACGGGUUCGGUGUUUAUCACUACCCGAAACGCCGCGGAAAGGCGUCCUACCUGCUGGAACAGGUCCGUUUCGAGGGGAUUUUUGAGCAGGGAAGACGUCACGGCCGCGGGAGAAUGGUGUCGAUAUGCAUUGCAAAUAUGUCUGGGUCCUCUGGAAGGGCGCGAACUUGUGAUGCGUAUUUCACAACGCCCACAAAUCUCUCUCAUGCAUAGGCAGCAAAAGAUGGCCACUUCCUGUCACCAAAAUGGGAGAUCUGUCAUGCAGAUUAGGCAUUGCAGAGGCUGCUUCUCGAAAUCUGUGAUGCUAGGUCUGCCAUGAUAGACCUUCUGUGCCAUGCAAAAACAGCAUGACCAACCUUGCAUCCGUCCAAACCCAGACAUAUUUGCAUUUGAUAGUCGACGGUGUUCAGCAACCUGGGCGGAUUCAACAGAACCGCAGAUGGAUUAGAGGGAGACGACACGAAGAUUUUAAAAAGAGAAAUCCAAAACGGCGUGUGGCGGAAUAGCGUGCUGGUGGCGAGUAACUAAGAAGAAAUGUAGAACAAGUGCCGCAAGAUAGAACAAAUCCAACAUCGCUUUGUUGGUGCGAGUUGUUGGAGUUCUUGAUGUGGUCCCUUCAGAUGAACUUUCUUUACCAUUAGAAGAGUUUCUAAGUCGUGACAACUUAGAAGUGGACGCUUAUCUGCCAUUAGAAGAGUUCCGACACAGCACUUCUUCGGUACAGAACUAAGGUCAUGACUUUGAACGGUACAUUAAACAAGGUGUCAAGAAGGUGUUCCUUUGGAGCACGCAAAGAGGCACAUUGCCGCCGUCCUAUGGACCGCCUUACAGGUAGAUCACCAUCCCUCGACGUAAUACGUAAUGUUCGUGUUCCGCACGACUUUCGUCUACUUGAAGGAUAUUGCGCCGAUGCUGGUCUUCUUCGUUUUAUUUGACUUUGUUUGCCUGUUGCUGUUGGUCAAAACGCGUUCUACUCCUAGUAACAACGUUGGUACUUACGUCGUCUUCCACAUAAUUUUUCGUGCAACGAGUUCCGAUCAUGUCGUAGUAGUCUAGUCGUUCCAUUUUGCCAAAGUUCAUCGCAACAUAUGUCAGCAUCAAAGUAGCUGCGCUCUCGCCUCCGUUCGUUCACAUCUACCACCUUUGAACUUUUCGAAUUGAUGUGUGCUCUCGUUCAAUAUUCGUGCCUCAAACUUCGUGCAGAUGAAAAAAACCGGAACAAUAAAU